ACGGCAGAAACAAUGUUCUUCUGUGUCAGCUCCCUCCAUCUACCGGCCCAGCUGCACUUCUUUUGAUAUCCACAUUGCCUCCAAAUGCAUGUUGUCUUUAAUUAAUUGAGUGUCUUGUGGAAAGAGAGGUGCAGGAGACAGGCAGAGAACAGCUAUAGCUACACAAUUAGAAUACAAACCAAGACUGCUGAGUUUACUGAAUGCACGUGCUGAAGUGACUAAUAAGCUUUUUUGUGGUUAAUGUUUUUCUUUGAAAACAGACCUAGCAGCAGAGAUGGAGGGCAUGGAUUUUGAGGAUGAAAAGUCCAAGAGGUACUGCAUGAAGACAAAGCAUGUGGCUAUCAUCUGUGGAGUCGUGGUUGUUGUAGGACUUGCUGUGGGGCUUGGUGUGGGAUUGAGCAGACCUAAACCUCCAAAGGCAACAGAGCAACCAACAACAGAAGAACCUCCUCCCCCAGUGGAUUUGGGUCCCUGUCCUUCCAAGAAUGAUGAGACUGGAGAGUGGAUAGAUUUUAGGCUGCCCACUUACAUCAAGCCUGUCCACUACGAUCUGGAAAUCAAGCCUGAAAUGGAAAAAGACACUUACAGUGGGACAGUCAGUAUAUCUAUUGCUUUGGAAAAACCAACCAGCUCCCUGUGGCUUCACCUGCGAGAGACCAAGGUUACAGAAAUGCCCACACUCCAGAAAUCUUCAGGACAGCAGAUUGCUCUGAAUGACUGCUUUGAAUACAAGCCACAAGAAUACAUUGUGAUGAAGGCAGCAUCAGAGCUCUCUAUCACUGAUGGAAGUGAUCCGUAUGUGCUCACCCUGAAGUUUCAAGGUUGGCUGAAUGGUUCGCUGGUUGGGUUUUAUAGGACCACCUAUACUGAGGAUGGACAGAUCAAAAGCAUUGCAGCUACUGAUCAUGAGCCAACAGAUGCGCGGAAAUCAUUUCCCUGCUUUGAUGAGCCAAACAAAAAGGCAACAUACAACAUAUCUAUCAUCCAUCAAGAUGCGUACCAAGCACUUUCAAACAUGCCAGUGCAGCAAACUGUACAGCUUGGUGAUGGCUGGAGUCGAACAACUUUUGAGAAGUCUGUCCCCAUGAGCACUUACUUGGUAUGCUUUGCAGUGCACCAGUUUGCUUCAGUAGAGAGAAUAUCCGCAAGUGGAAAACCUCUGAGAGUUUACGCCCAGCCACAGCAAAUACACACGGCAGAAUAUGCAGCAAAUGUAACAAAAAUUGUAUUUGACUUCUUUGAACAGUACUUUAAUUUGAGCUACUCUCUUCCAAAACUUGAUAAAAUAGCGAUUCCAGAUUUCGGGACAGGUGCUAUGGAGAACUGGGGGCUGAUCACAUACCGAGAAACAAACCUGCUGUAUGAUCGUGAUGAGUCAGCCACCUCCAACCAACAGAGAGUAGCUGCUGUGAUAGCCCAUGAGCUUGUUCAUCAGUGGUUUGGAAAUAUUGUAACCAUGGACUGGUGGGAUGACUUGUGGUUAAAUGAAGGAUUUGCCAGUUAUUUUGAGUUCCUGGGAACAAAUGCAUCAGAACCAGAGUGGAAAAUGCUUGAACAGGUUUUAAUUGAAGAUGUUCUUCCUGUACUGAAGGAUGACUCUUUGCUUUCUUCCCACCCAAUUGUAGUCGAUGUGUCAUCUCCAGCUGAAAUCACCUCUGUGUUUGAUGGGAUAUCCUACAGUAAGGGUGCAUCGAUCCUCAGAAUGAUUCAAGACUGGAUCACACCAGAGCUCUUCCAAAAAGGCUGUCAGGAGUAUUUGAAGAAAUACCGUUUCCAGAAUGCCAAGACACAACAAUUUUGGGAAGCUCUGGAAGAGGCAAGUAAUAAACCUGUGAAGGAAGUAAUGGACACAUGGACUAGGCAGAUGGGCUACCCUGUUUUGGAGAUGGGAGAUAAUUCAGUAUUCACACAGAAACGUUUUCUUUUGGAUCCCAAUGCAAAUGCUUCUCAUCCUCCUUCUGAUCUUGGUUAUAAAUGGAAUAUACCAGUCAAAUGGAGGUUUGGUGAUUCAUCAGGUUAUAUUUUCUACAGUGCAUCAAAUUCUACAGGAAUUACAAUACCAGCUUCUCCUGAUGCUUUUCUGAAGGUUAAUCCAGACCACAUUGGAUUCUUUCGAGUGAAUUAUGAUAGUCAAAACUGGGACAGGUUAAGCAGUCUUCUGCUCCAAGAUCACAGAAAUUUUACAACUGCUGAUCGCGCAGGGAUUUUGGAUGAUGCUUUUUCUUUAGCAAGACCUGGACUUGUGAAUUACUCUGUUCCCCUGGGACUCACAAGAUACCUAAGAAAUGAAGCAGAGUAUUUACCUUGGCAUAGAGCUAUAUCAGCUGUAACUUACCUUGCAAACAUGCUUGAAGAUGAUAUAAAUGUCUAUCCCCUGUUUCAGAGUUAUUUUCGCAGUUUGGUAAAACCAAUUGUGGAUCAACUGCAAUGGGAGGAUUCUGGAGACCAUUUGCAGAGGCUUCUUCGUGCAUCUGUUCUAGACUUUGCCUGCAGUAUGAAUGACCCAGAAUCUUUGCGCAGUGCUUCUCAGCUCUUUGAUAAAUGGUUACAAGGAGAAACUAUUGCUGCAAAUCUCCGACUUAUAGUAUAUCGCUAUGGGAUGCAAAACUCAAACAAUGAGACAUCAUGGAAUUACAUGUUCAAGAAAUACCAAGAAACUUCAUUAGCCCAAGAAAAAGAAAAGCUGCUAUAUGGCCUGGCAUCAGUGAGGAACAUCACCCUUUUGGACAGAUAUCUGAAAUAUAUUUACAACACCAGCCUCAUCAAAAGCCAAGAUGUGUUCACAGUCCUGAGAUACAUCUCAUAUAACACCUAUGGGAAAACGAUGGCCUGGGACUGGAUACGACUGAACUGGGAGUACUUAGUUGACAGAUUCACUAUAAAUGACAGAACCCUUGGUCGAAUAGUAACUAUUACUCAAACCUUCAACACUGAGCUCCAGCUUUGGCAGAUGGAAAAUUUCUUUGAAAAAUAUCCUAACGCUGGGGCAGGAGAAAUGCCCAGGAGUCAGUCACUGGAGCAAGUGAGGAGCAACAUUGAAUGGCUAAAAGAAAACAAGGAGGAAAUACAAGCAUGGCUGAAGGCACAUUUGGAGGGAGUGAAAGGGCCCCAGCGUCCCGAUGACUGCGACCCUCGGUGGUCCCCUGUGGGGAUUCGCUCUCCUCACGGGGAGGUGAGGCUGCAGUCUCAGGGCAUGAGGACCCAGGGCUGGGACCGCAGACAGGCAGCGAUUUAG